AUGGGGAACGACAAGAAGGUGGGCGCCUACUACGCCCCCACGGGGGGUUUGCCUCCCCAGACGCAGAUCCUCACCGACCGAGCCAUGUUCACCGAAGCAUACGCCGUCAUCCCCAAAGGCACAUUCAGCGACAUCGUGACGAGUUUCCUACCAUUCUGGGACCAGACGCGCCUGUGGGUGAUCGCCCGACCGCUAUCAGGAUUCGCCGAAACCUUUUCACAAUACAUCAUGGAGGUACAACCGGGGGGUGGCAGCGAUCGCGCCGAACUCGACGAUGGCGCACAGGGUGUGAUUUUCGUCGUGGAGGGCGAAGUCACCAUUACUCUUGCGGGGGAGAAGCACACUCUCACCGAGGGCGGUUACGCCUAUCUGCCACCCAAGAGCGGGUGGACUCUUCGGAACACCGGCGAGGCCACCGCCCGCUUCCACUGGGUGCGGAAAGCAUACGAGGCCAUCGAUGGCCUUGCGCAGCCCGACCCUCUCUUCCUGAAUGAGAAGGACAUCGCGCCCACAUUCAUGCCGAACACCAACGGUGCGUGGGCUACUACCCGCUUUGUGGACCCCAGUGAUUUGCGCCACGAUAUGCAUGUCACCAUCGUGACUUUCGAACCUGGUGGUGUCAUCCCCUUCGCCGAGACUCAUGUCAUGGAACAUGGUCUCUACGUUUUGGAGGGUAAGGCUGUCUACAGGCUCAACCAGGAUUGGGUGGAGGUGGAAGCAGGUGACUUCAUGUGGCUGCGUGCCUUCUGUCCCCAGGCCUGCUACGCUGGUGGCCCCGGGAAGUUCCGCUACCUGCUUUACAAGGAUGUCAACCGACACAUGAAGCUCUCUCGACUGUAG